CGAGAGCAGUAGAGGGCGGAAGCGCAGUCUGUGCAGGAUGAGUUUACGGGUUGUGUUCGUCUUGCUGAGCUUCGCAGCGGCGGGCUCCACGCAGCCCGCUACUUUGCCAGUCUCCUCAGCAGUCGCUCCGAGCACAGGUCCGGCUUCUACAAGAGACUCCAAGCUCAUGUUGAGCCUGCACCCUGAGCAAGAACACAGUGACAGACCCCCUCUGAAUCAGAAUACCGCGAAAACCGUCCCUGGCAGUUCGGAACCCGAGCUGCAGCACAAGAAUGACCGCCCUGGCAAUUCCUCCGGAGACCAGUCCACCACGUCGGUCUCCAGUCCCUCUUCUGGUAACAAGGAGCCCACCAAGUCCUAUUUAAACGCAGUAACUGACAAAGCUCCGCAGCCUUCCAUAACUGAAUCUGGGGGAAAAGUAUUGCUAGACUCUGACCGCUCUUCUACCCAGCAGGAGGGAGAAGGUAAGUCUUUAGAACCACCUGAAGAUGAGGAGCCCAAGGAGACUGAGGAAGGGGAUACAGAGCCUGAAGAGGGUGCACCACCCAAAGACGAGAAAGAAAUGCCUGGCCCUGCCUCCAGUGAGAACCGUGAAAGCACAGUUUUGAAUUCCUGGAGUAGGAAGAAGGAUGACCUUUAUAAGGAUAAUCUUGGAAGUUCCAGUGCAGAGAGCAGCCACUUCUUUGCAUAUCUGGUGACAGCAGCCAUUCUCGUUGCUGUCCUCUAUAUUGCCUACCACAAUAAGCGGAAGAUUAUUGCUUUCGUCCUGGAAGGAAAAAGGUCCAAAGUUACACGGCGGCCAAAGGCCAGUGACUACCAGCGUUUGGACCAAAAGAUUUGAUUUUUCUGUUCUUGAGAACCUUGUCCUCCCUGCUGAUCUGUUUCUAAAUCAAGAAAAAUGAAGAGAAAACUACUGUGACCUAAGAGACACACCCCCUCCUCUAGGGUUUGGUGGCAAGUCGCGGCUGGCAGAGGCAGGGGGGAUUGCUUUGGGUUUUGCACCUGCACUUUGGCGAACUUGUCCUCCUGUGUUCCCGUUAUUUAUGCUGGUGUCUUCCAGCCUGUCCCCCUGAGCGUGAGUAGGGAAGCAUGUGGGCGUGCCCAGCUGUGACCAAAGGGAGACCUCAGCCCUGGGCAGGUGACUGCUGUUGACUGCCCUCCCUCGGGUCUUGGCCCUGUCGUCAAGUUAGCCCUUGAAAACAGCAUUGCACUCGCCACUACUUACCUUUGCGGACCUAGGAGAAAACUACAGGCUGUGGUCCGUUUCUACCAAGGCCUCUCCCUUUGCGGGGAUGUGCCCUACAAAAGAUGUAGAAUGUAGUGAAUGCUGAUGGGCAAAGGGCUCCUUUGAACACGAGCAGCAAACCAAAACUGCAGCUGAAAAACAUGCUUUACUGCCUGCGAGUCCAGCCUGCCUAGUGCAAGCUCUUCCCGUUCUUCUGACAUUUUCAUAUUAUUUAAGACGAAGUGAAGCCACUUCCAUUUAGUUGUACUGAGCAGAAAACUGAACUUGGGGGUUCUGGGAGGAAAGCUGUAAAGCCACUGUGCCCAUCACAGAUGUUUUAAAAAUCACAGUUAACGAUUAUUGAAACAUUGUGUUCAUCCCUACUCACCAUCAUUACAGAAACUUUUUGAAGUAGGGUGAGUUCAUGCUUUGGGCAAGAAAGCAAGGACUGUUUGGUUUGGGUCUAAAAAUUUCGAAGGGCUUUUAUGAAACACGUUUCCCACAAACUCUGUUUUGCCUUUGUUGCCUAAAAUAGACUUACAUUUACAAACUGACUAUACUCCCUCCUUUACCUGAAUCUAGGUAAUGGUCCUCUUAUCUGAUAAAAAACGCCAAGGCUAAUUAGUAAAAAUUCUCCUUCUGUCCCAUGUCAGGGGUUAUUAAAAUUUAAGAAACUCAGGGGACUUCCCUGGUGGUCCAGUGGUUAAGACUCCGUGCUCCCAAUGCAGGGGGCCCGGGUUCGAUCCCUGGUUGGGGAACUAGAUCCCGCAUUCUGCAACUAAGACCCAGUGCAGCCAAAUAAAUGAAUAAAUAUUAAAAAAAAAAAAAAAAAAAGAAAGAAAGAAACUCAGAGAGUUCCCCUGAGGUAACUGAGGGUAGUGUUUUGGAUCAGAUUAUUGUUUUAUUUAAAUCUGUUCUAGUUGUGCUACCCUAUUAUCAAGAGCCUAAAGAGAGUUGUUUCUGGGGAAAAAAAACAAAAAACAAAACAAAACUGAAAGAGAAUAGCUGAUCUCAGGGAAAUGCAAAGAGUGUGGGAAGUGAGAGGAACAGGAUGAAUUGUAGGCCAUUGAAGAAGUCUGGCGGAAGAAGGGGCCAUCUUGUUUGUCAUGGUAUCUUCCACCUCGCUUAAAACAGCCCGUGACUUUGAGUUGAGACUUUCAUUCUCUGCAGGUAACAUCUGUAGAGGUAAGGAAUGAGGACUCUUCUUGGCAUCAUCCCCUAAGACCAUGGUUAUUUAUUCCCUUUUCUGUCUCCCCUUUCCCUGCCUUUCUUCCUCCCCUCUAAUGUUUUCUCUUUCUUCCUGUCUCCACUCACCCCUUUCCUUCCGUCUUCAUGCAUGCCCAGAUUCCCCGCUCCCAUCCAUCCUAUUUGUGGUCCAGCUUCCAUUCCCUUGCCAUGUAUCUUCCUCAUAACCUUUACAGAGUCACUUCGGUCCUUGUCUUCCUGCUAAUAAUGUUUUCCCAGAGGUUCAGAUCCCCAAAUCCAGUGGCUUGUUCUCAACGCUCAGUCUUGUCCCUGAUAGAAUUGGACACUUAGACCAUCAAAUCAAACUUCCCCUCUUCUGGUCUCUCUGUCCUGGCUUCUGAGAACUCCUUUGUCUUAUCCUGUGCUGGUGGAGGAGAAGGCCCUCAAAGACAGGUCUUUGUCUUUUCCUUUGUCUCCCUAGAAACUCAUCCAUUCUUUAUCCUCUGAGUGAGUGACUCCCAAGUUUUUAUCCUUGGCCUAGUUCCCAAAGAACCCAGUCCUGCCGUGUGCUGAAUAUUUCAGCUUGGUCAUCCUGUUGUCACGGAAACGGAAUUUCUCUCUUCUACCCAUUAAGAGGCCCCUCUCAACUGCCCAAUCUCUUGAAUCAUCUCAACUCCGAACUGCAGACUUGUGCCGUUUUUAUGUCUUGUCACGAAAGUCCUGUCCAUUUUUAGAGAACCAUCUCCAGCUACAGUCUCCAUUUUCCUUGUUUCCCUGCCCCACCCACACCGCCACCCAUUCCACUUCUCUCCUAGAUUUUUUUUUUUUUUCCAAGAGCCACCUACAUUGGUCUCCUGUCCAUUUUUUGUGUAUGCGAAGAGAGCAGAGUGAUCUUUCCAGAGUACUUGCCGUGAUCUGAAGCGUGUCUCGUGGCUUCGAGAAUCAAGUUCGUGGACUCUGGUGUUCAGGGCUCCACAGGCCGGCACUGUCCUGCCUGUCUUUCCCUGCAUCCUCGCUGGGCCAAAGGUCCCUCUUGCCGGGCCCAUCCAGGCCUCUGUGCCUUUUCGUCCUUGCUGCGUCCUCCAGUCCCUGGCUUCCGGUGGCUGUUUUCCAGUUAGGGCGCGUCCCCCCACCUUCUCUUCUUUCCCUUGCCUCCCCGAAACCUGUUUUCUCAGGGCCCAGCUCACGUUUGCCCAUGCACCUUCCUGACUCCCCUGCCCCGCGUGAUUGGCUCUUUCCAUUUUACUGUAAUAGCUCCUGGUAAUACCACUCACACAUUUUGGAACUUGAGCAAAACAGGGCAGCCGGUAUCUGCCAUCUCUGUCUGGUCUCCCCAAGAAAAUGAAGCUCCUUCAGGAGCACCCAGGGCGUCAUCUGCGUAUCUGCCUAACAUGGGACAGUCCCCGGGGACUUGAGUUCAGUUUCUUCUUGCAAAGGAGACAUGUUCUUUGUUCAGGACAUCUGGCUGUGACUUAACUGAGGUCUCACACGGCUCUUUCUGGCUACUGGUUGCUGUCCCUCAUGGAUGGAUAUUGAUAGUAAGGAGGAGAGCAGAAAGAAAGGUUGGUUUCAGGCACCAAGUAGGUUGGCACCAAGUGGACGCAUAAGUAUUGUUGUAGAGUCUGCAAAGCUUCACUUUUUGAGCCUCUGAGAAGUAUGGUUUCUUGUGUGAAAGAGUACAAAAGAAUUUAAGUUUCACUUUAGAAAUUGCACUGAAAGAAAUCUCCCACAACAAAGGAGAAGCUGUUUUCUGGGUAGUUGUCUUUUUGAAGAGAGACUCUUUGAAGAUGUUUUCCUAGAGAUUGUGCACAUGAGGGUGGACUGGUGGGGGAGGGGAGGAUCUCUCCAGCGGCGGGGGCGGGGCGCGGGGGGGCGGGCAUGAGAGGUGCCCUGUCCAGAUGGCUCUGUGCUUCCUUUCCUGGCCCCAGUUUUUGGUGGCAGGGUGGUUUCUAUUUGGAGGAAUCUGUGCUUCAGAAUUAUUUGAAGAGUCUACCUCUGGACUCUGUGGGAGUGGAAGGCUAGUCUACCUGGAAAGGCUAAGAUAACUCAGAAAGACCUGACAACUAGCUGUGUACACACUGACAUUUCUUUUCACAUAAUGGCUUUCAAUGAAACUUUUGGUGACAGAACUCUAAACCUCUAAAAUUCCCGAUAAUGAUUCUCAUUUUCUUCUCCCAUUUCAUGCCAUUUAAUUCAAAAGCCUGCCCCUCAUUUUUGCAGGGUGACUUGUUAUGUAAUGCUGCAUGUGUGAUGAAAGCUAGCACGCUUUGCACAUGUUCUGAAUCAUUUGAACAGGGAAGACGAGUAUGCCAUACACCAGACCCUGUACUUCUGCCAGCUGUUUUCUAAAAACUCUCGCUGGGACAGUUGCGUUUGGCAUUGCCUUGCUUAAGAAAGAAUCCUGAGAAGAGAUUCUCAAGUUUAAUUGAACCGUACAUCCAGAACCAAGGCUGAAUCUCACCUCAGUUUCUUAAGUCACGUGUGAAUUUCCUAAAUAUCCCAAUCUAGAAACUCCUCUGUAAAGGCAUUGGGUCUGAGCUGUAUAGUGUUUCAAGCUGCCAACAAAGUCAGCUUCCUCACACUUGUCGAUAUCCCUUUAAUUCAGAAGUCUAACAUGUUCAAUAAAUGGUUGAUUGUUGAAA